AUGUCUUCCGUCGUUGCAGUAGCCGGAGGAACCGGCGACCUCGGCCGCACCUUCGUAGAGGCCAUCGUCGCCGACGGGAAAUGGACCGUCGUUGUCCUGGCCAGAAACGCGGACGAGCAAAAGGAGAAGGAAAUCGAGGCCCGCAUCCUGCCCGUCGACUACGACGACGUCGACAACCUCGUCAAGGUCCUGGAAGAGAACAAGGUGCACACCGUCAUCUCGACCCUGAACAUCAGGGCUUCGGUGAAGCCCGAGUUGAACCUGAUCGCCGCCGCCGAUCGUGCCCAGAGCACCAAGCGCUACGUCCCCACCAUUUGGGGCCCAAAGAUCCCUCGAGAAAUCGCAGCGCAGAGACCUCUGACCCAGACCAAGAUCGAUGUCACGGACGCCCUUGAGAAGACGACCACCCUGGAGCACACGUCCUGGUACAUAGGUCUGUUUGCCGACUACUACGUCUCCCCGCCCCUGAAGAGCCUCGUAAAGAUCUUGCCCAUCGUCGUGGACGUGGCCAACAACGCGGCCGGGAUCCCCGCCUCCGGCAACGACCCCGUCGCAUUCACUUACACCAUCGACCUGGCCAAGUUCGUCGUCGCGUCUCUGAGCCUCCCCAAGUGGCGCAAAGAGUCGUACUUGGUCAACGACAGGCUCACUUGGAACGAGGUGGUCCAGAUUGCCGAAUCGGUCAAGGGCGUCAAGUUCAACGUGGCGUACGAUUCCCUCGAGACCCUGAAAGCGGGAAAGAUCACGGAGCUGCCCGGGCACGUGGUUUCGUAUCCGUUUUGGCCAAAGGAGCAGCUGCAAGGCACCUUUUCCCAAUUCGGGCUCAUGUUCGAUGAUGGAUUGUUCGACAUCAAGCCGGAGCACCCCAUCACGGAGGACUUGCCGGACAUCAAGCUUAGGUCGUUCAAGGAGCUGCUGGAGGAGGCGUGGGGCCCGAAAGCAUGA